CACACAUAUACACAUAUAUACACACACAUAAUUAUCCCUUAACCAGCCAGCUACCUCUUUACCCGACCCUCCAUCAUCAUACAUCCUACAUCAUACAUCAUAACAAUCAAAAGUUUGUUUUUGAUAUGUCCUCCCGUCACAUUUUCGAGUCCUCAGAUGGGCUCGUCACCAAAUGCAUUAGAGGACUCAUCGCUUAUAACCCUUCGCUUAGUCUGGAUGAAGCCAACAGAGUGGUCUUCGACACAGCGUAUAACAAAUCCAAUGUUUCCAUAGUCAGUGGCGGCGGCUCUGGCCACGAACCUGCGUGGUCCGGCUAUGUCGGUCAGAACCUGCUCGCCGCCUCCGUCGCCGGCGAUAUCUUCGCCUCGCCCAGCACCAAGCAGAUCCUGGCCGCAAUCGACGCCGUGCCGUCGGAGAAAGGCACGAUCAUGGUCGUCACCAACUACACGGGCGACUGUUUGCACUUUGGCCUAGCCAACCAAAAGGCCAUUGCCAAGGGCCACAAGUGCAGGAUGAUCAUGUGUGGAGACGACGUCUCUGUUGGCCGAAAGGGCAGUCUCGUUGGUCGCCGUGGCCUUGCUGGCCAACUCGGCGUGCUUAAGGUCAUGGGCGGCGCGGCCGGUGCUGGCGGUUCUCUAGACCAAGUGUAUGACCUAGGUGUCGCGUUCUCUCAGCAGAUUGUUUCCAUCGCGGCAACGCUCGACCACUGCCACGUGCCUGGACGGGCGGAACACGCGAUGCUAGGCAUUAACGAGCUAGAAAUCGGCACGGGCCCGCACAACGAGCCAGGGUACCAGAAGUUGUCACCCAAACCGUCGGCUCAGGAGCUCGUGAAGCAGAUCUUGACGUACCUCCUCGACGAGACGGACCCGGAGCGAGGGUACGUCAGGUUCAAGGAGGGCGACGAGGCAAUCCUACUUGUGAGCAACUUUGGCGGCAUGUCGUGGCUGGAAAUGGGAGCGCUGGUAGACGAGCUUCUGGAGCAGCUUGCGGCCAAUUGGAAGCUCGCACCUGUGCGCUUAAGUCACGGGUUCCUAGAGACGUCGCUCAACGCGCCAGCCUUUUCCGUCUCCAUCGUUAACGUGACGGCGGCAGCGGCCAACUGUUCCUACAGUGCCGAGGACAUUAAAGGCUUCUUUGAUGUGCGGACCAACACGCAUUGGGAGUCUAUGACAGGGUCGCAAGCGGUGCGGCGCAACAGACAGGAGCAGUUCGUGCAGCCGACGGUAGAGCCACGCGAGGUCAUUGAAGAGGGCAAGGACCUGCGGAUCGACCCGGCGAGGCUUGACCGGAUGCUGCGCAGCGCGUGCGCGGCAUUGGUGAAGGCGGAGCCGGACCUGACAAAGUGGGACACGGUGAUGGGAGAUGGCGACUGCGGCGAGACGCUGAAGACUGGAGCGAACUGCCUGGUAGCGGCGCUGGACGCUAAGAACCUGGCGGCGCAAGGGUCCGUGUUCGCAGUGCUGCAAGAGCUGGAGGAGAUUGUGGAGGGAAAGAUGGGCGGCACGCUGGGCGGUAUCCUAGGCAUCUUCUUCGUGUCGAUGCGAACGGCGCUCCAGGACAACCUGGCGCUGGCUCAGAGCGAAGGGCUGCCGAAGUUGUGGGCUACGGCGGUGCGCACGGCGCUGGAUACCUUGCGCCAGUUCACGCCGGCCCAGGUUGGCGACCGCACGGUGAUGGACACGUUGAUCCCAUUUGCCGAUGGCUUACGGUCGGGACAGUUUAAAGACGGCGUGGAUGCCGCAGUCAAGGGCGCACAGCUAACCAGAACUCUGGAGCCGAAGCUGGGUAGGGCGACGUAUAUUAAUGCGGAUAGCAGUAAGGGUCUACCCCCAGACCCGGGUGCUUGGGGUGCGAUGGUAGCUAUACAGGGCUUACAGGAAGGAUUAUAAAUUGGGUAUAUACGAUUUUCAUAUAGUAGGUACGGUAGGGUACAUAUCUAACCUAGUGUAGUCAUUAGGUAGGACUGGGAACCUAGGUAAACUAAUUGGUAUGGUAUAUGUGGUACAUCGUGAGAUUUAUGUGGUGGUGUUGUCCAAGAUAGUAUAGUACUAUGUAAUAAACAUGUAAUAGAAGUAAAAGUGAAUAGCUGAGACGUUUCCUGUA